UUGAUUGAAUAUUUCAAACGCUCUCCACUGGAUCACACCUCAGCUUUACGUCUUUGAAGAAGGUUAUGAUGGAAAGAGCAAUUCUUUGCGUAUUUCUGAGUUGUUUGGCAUUUCUGUCACCAUCUAGAGCUGACGGCGGGUCUGAAACAUGUCAGGUUUCUAAAGAAAAACAGUUGCUUGAAGAAAUGAUAAGAACGCAGUUAAAAGCUGAGGCAAUGUUACAAGAGAUCAGAAAAACAGAGGAGCAUGUGAUAUCCGUUUUGGAGUAUCGUAAGCAAGAUGUACAAAAAAGUCUCGAGGAUCUGAGAGAAGAUCAAGCAAAUCAAAAGAUUGAAAUUGACAAUCUAAAGACGGAAAAUGCUUAUUUGCAAGAAAAGAUCCAGGCUUUACAAGAAUCCACCAAUCCAGUACCGGUCGUAUUUUUUGUUGCACGUGGCACGAAUUCCUCAAACAUUAAGAAUGGACAAACGUUAGUAUUUCCAGUGAUUCUCAACAACAAGGGUUCCGCCUUUAACAAUGAAACAGGAGUGUUUACUGCGCCAGUGAGUGGGCUUGUAUUCAAUUCAAGCGUUACAUUUGUGUAUUUUGGGUCAGGCCAAUAUGUGGGAUCGACAUUUGUUUUCCGAAAAUUUGAUGUUUAUUAUGAAAACGCGCUUGGGACAGAUGGAAGGCAAUAUCUUACCAUUCUUGCAGCUCUGUCAGUGGAAACUUGCUCUUCUUCAAAAAGGGGGAAAUAA